AUGCAGCGUAUCUACAUGCACAGCAAUGAGCACUUUGAUGUCUUCACCACUGUCCUGGCUCCCCAAGGUAAGAUGGUGGCGAUGUACAGCUACGAGCCCUACUGGCCAGAAGAGCUGCGGCUGACUCCUGGUGACGUGGUCCUGGUCCUGUUCAAACACGAGGAGGGGCGAUGGUUUGGACGACUCCAGGACGGACAGAGGGGGUACUUCCCAGCUUCGUGUGUCAUGGAGCUGAGCCAGUCAAAAAAACAGAUCACAAGUCACAGAAGGACUGUGUCUCUGAGAAGCAUGUUGGACGAUGCAGGUGUUCAGAGGAGGCAUCAAACUGGACACGUUCAGCAUGCGCUCAGGAGGGGCAACAGGGCCGGAGGAGGGGCUUUGGACUGGGGCCAGACUGACAGCGAGGGUCCUGUCUCAGCUUCACACACCCAGCGGUCGCCCAGUCUUCUCUACAGGAUCUUGUCCAAGUGCCGCAGGAAGAGCCAGUGCCAGGGAGCCACCAAUAGGGCCUUUGAGGGUGACUAG